AUGGCGGCGAUAGACCUCCAGAAGCAAGUUGGCCAGUUAUUCGCGGUCGGAUUCCAUGGCUUCACCAUCAGCCCGGAGCUCAAGAUCCUGAUCCGUGAUUACCACAUCGGAGGUAUUGUGGUCUUCGCACGUAACAUCCAAGAUGCCGCACAGCUUCAGGCCUUGACACUGGAUUUACAAAAAGCGGCGCGGGAAGCCGGUCACAAGCAACCUCUAUUUAUCGGUAUUGACCAGGAGAAUGGACUGGUGACCCGAAUCUCUCCUCCGCUCGCAGCCCAGGUUCCAGGUCCGAUGGCGCUCGGUGCCACCCAUGACCCGCACUUCGCCUACGAGACCGGCAAGGCUACGGGCGAAACUCUGAGGUUUUACGGGGUGAACAUGAAUUAUGCGCCCGUCUGCGAUAUUAACUCGGAGCCACUUAACCCCGUCAUUGGAGUCCGCAGCCCCGGCGAUGACCCAGACCUCGUGGGAAGAUUUGCCUGCGCGGCUGCCCGGGGCCUGCGAGAGCAGAAGGUUGUUCCUAGUGUCAAACAUUUUCCUGGCCAUGGAGACACGGCGGUGGAUUCUCACUAUGGUCUGCCGGUUAUUCCCAAGUCGAGAGAUCAGCUGGAACGAUGCGAGCUCAUUCCGUUCCGACGAGCUGUGGCUGAACAGGCCGAGACAAUUAUGACCGCUCAUAUUUCUCUGCCAAAAAUUGAUGACAAGCUCCCUGCUACGCUUUCGCCGGAAGCAUUGGGGAUCCUGCGAAAGGAUAUGGCUUAUGAUGGUAUGGUGAUCACGGAUUGCUUGGAAAUGGACGGAAUCCGGGCUACGAUCGGUUCAGAACAGGGCUCGGUGCUCGCAUUGAAGGCUGGCAGUGACAGCAUCAUGAUGUGUCACACGUUCGAGGUGCAAGUUGGUUCUAUCAAGAAAGUAUGCGAGGCGGUGCAGUCUGGAGAGAUUACAUCUUCACGCUUAUCGGAUGCCUGUCGACGUGUCGCAGCUGUGAAGGACAAAUUCCUGAACUGGGAGACCGCACUGCGACAGCAUGACCUGGCAGAGCUCAGUGCGCUUAACAGCAAGGUAUCUGCUGUUUCCCAGGAAGCGUAUGAGCACUCGGUGACGCUCGUCCGUGACGAUGCUGCCGCUCUGCCGCUAUCGAAAACAUCGAGCAUCGUUUGUCUCUUUCCAGGAGCUGGAACUCCCAUGGGAGGUGCCGUGGAUGGAGAAGGCCUUGGAAGGCAAGGUGACUACGACGCGACUCCAUAUCUCAACGCCCUUCGACUUUACAAUCCAAACGUUGUUGAAAUUCAGUAUGGCGAAACAGGUCUGUCCGCAGAGCAAUGGAAGCUUGUUGAGGCUGCAGAUUCGGUUAUUUUCACCUCAAUGAAUGCCCGAGAAUCGCCCUACCAAGAGAGACUGGGCCACGAGCUUCCUCGGCAUGUUCGCUCUCUAAUAGCUAUCGCUCUUUGCAACCCGUACGAUUUCCUUGGAUUUUCGGACUUGAAAACAUACAUCGCCACCUAUGAGCCAACUCUUGAAGCAUUCUCCGUGGCUGCAGGCAUCAUUUUCGGAACUCUCGCGCCAAAAGGCUCCCUUCCCGUGGGACCAAAGGCGUCGGCUCAGCAUGCGGCAACAGUGGCCCCAUUUGAUGCCGAAAAGGACCUGGAUGCGAUGGUCAAUGUUUGGACAGCAGCACUCCCGACUUACAGUCUGCCUUCCGAUAGCUUACGCUCCCUCAUAGCCCAGCCCAAUGCUCACCACCAUGUGGCACGCGUUGGCGCUGAGCUGGCAGGGCUCUGUCUUGCAUAUACCAACUUCCACGGCGAUCCAAACACCGCUUACAUCGCCGCUGUUGCCGUACAUCCUAAAUACCAGCACCAGGGUAUUGGCACCGUCUUGCUGGCCGAGAUCCGCGCUUAUUUCAGAGCUCAAUUUGGCUUCAACCGUCUGAAACUGAGCAGCUCGUUCCCUCGGUUCUGGCCCGGGGUUCCUCGAGAUCUUCCAGAGUCUGUUCAGGAAUUUUUCAUCCAUCGUGGCUUCCGACUCAGUCCACCUGGCGCGCGGUCUGUCGAUCUGUUCCAGGAUAUCCGGAACUUCCAAGCACCCGAGAAGUACGUCACACGUGCGCAAGAAGGUGGCUUCUACUUUGCACCGCUCCAGGCAGAGGACUAUGAAGCGUGUCUGGUAGGGCAGCGGAAGAACUUCUCAGACAAACCGGGCUGGGUGGAAAUGUACGUCAAACUACAUCCAAGCGAGUACCCCUCGAGCGUGAUGGUCGCGUUCGACUCCCAGGGUCAACAAGUCGGAUGGACACUGAUGCUUGGGCCGUCCGACGUGCUGAACAAGGCCUGGGCAUUCCCGCAGAUCUGCGGGCCUCAGACCGGCCUCAUUGGUUGUGUGGGCGUCGACGCUGCCCAUCGCAAGUCGGGUAUUGGCCUGGCGCUACUUUGCCAUGCCAUUGAGGAUAUGAAGAAACGAGGUAUCGAGGGUAUCUUUGUGGAUUGGGUUGCUCUGGAUGGAUGGUACGAGAAAGUUGGGUUUGAGGUCUGGCGCAGCUACCGGCCUGGUGAGAUAUGA